AUCGAGGACGCAAACGUGAGCUCGCGGUACAUAAAUGAGAUAGCAAAACACUGAGGAAACCGUAGGAUGGAUCCUAACCGGAUAAUGCAGGCUCUCAAAGGGACUAUCGACCCUAAUCUGAGAAUAGCGGCGGAAAAUGAACUCAAUCAGGACCUCAGCUUUGAAAUUUGAGGGGUUCAGUUUCAGUUCCUCUGAAUUUACGCUUUCUGGAGUGGCAGAGAACAUGGAAGAGAGGGAGCAGGCAGAGGUCGAGUCUUACAAGAUCAUAAACUUUGCACCAACCCUGCUUCAGAUCAUUGUAUCAGAGCAGGUGGAGUUUCCUGUUCGCCAUGCAGCGGCCAUCUACCUGAAGAACAUGGUGAGUCAGUACUGGCAGGACAGGGAGCCAUCUCUCGGGGAAGUCAUCUUUCCGUUCAAUAUCCACGAGAAUGACCGGCAGCAGAUCAGAGAUCACAUAGUGGAGGGCAUCAUCCGCUGUCCAGAGUCCAUACGUGCCCAGCUGACUAUGUGUUUGCGAGCCAUCAUCAAGUAUGACUUUCCCGGCCGCUGGACAGCCAUCGUGGACAAGAUUGGCAUGAACCUGCAGUCUCUGAGCAGCGGCAGUUGGUACGGCAGCCUGCUGGCUCUCUACCAACUGGUCAAAACCUAUGAGUAUAGAAAGGCUGAUGAGAGGGAGCCUUUGCUAGCAGCCAUGCAAAUCUUUCUGCCGAGGAUCCAGCUGCUCAUCAGCCAACUGCUGUCUGAUGCCACCAUCUUCUCUGUCCUUAUCCAAAAGCAGAUACUCAAGAUAUUCCAUGCUCUUGUACAGUACUCGUUACCUCUCCAGCUGAUAAACAACACGGUGAUGACUCAGUGGAUGGAAAUCCUCAGAGCCAUAAUGGACCGAGAAGUCCCUGCUGAGACUUUGGAGGUUGAUGAGGAUGACCGUCCUGAACUGGCAUGGUGGAAGUGCAAGAAGUGGUCGUUGCGCAUCAUCACCAGACUGUUUGAGCGUUAUGGAAGUCCUGGCAAUGUGACAAAAGAGUACAGCGAGUUUGCUGACUUUUUUCUAAAGACAUAUGCAGUUGGCAUACAACAGGUUCUGCUAAAGGUGGUUGACCAGCACCGACAGAAGCAGUACAUUACUCCUCGUGUCCUGCAGCAAUGUCUCAACUACCUCAACCAGGGCCUGUCACACUCCCUGACCUGGAAACAGAUGAAGCCACACAUGCAGACCAUAUGCCAAGAGGUCAUCUUCCCUCUGAUGUGUUACAAAGAUGAGGAUGAGAAGCUCUGGCAGGAAGACCCCUAUGAGUACAUCCGCAUGAAGUUCAACCUAUAUGAUGACCAUGCCCUCCCAGCUACUGCUGCUCAGAGCCUCUUGUGUAAAGCUGCCCGCAAACGUAAGGAGGUUCUUCCUCAGAUGAUGGAGUUCUGCCACCAGAUACUGAUGGACCCCUCGGCAAAUCCCCGCAGUAAGGAUGGAGCACUGCACUGCAUCGGUGCUCUGGCUGAGCUUAUGCUGAGGAAGCGGAUGUACAGGGAGAAGAUGGAGCUGAUACUACAAAACUAUGUUUUUCCUUUGCUCAACUCUCCCAUGGGUUACCUGCGAGCCAGAUCCUGUUGGGUGCUCCAUUCAGUCAAUUCAUGCUGGGUGCUCCACUCUUUCAGCCCACUAAGUUUCCAGGAUGAGCUGGUUCUGAGGAAUGCUGUUGAGUUAGUAAAACAGGAUCUCAUCGACGACAAAGAGAUGCCGGUCAAGGUGGAGGCUGCCAUUGCUCUGCAGACAUUGGUCAGCAACCAGGAGCAAGCCAAGAUCUACAUCAGGCCAUACAUCCAGCCAGUCAUGCAGGAGAUGCUGCAUGUGGUGAAAGAGACAGAGAAUGACGACUUGACUAAUGUCAUUCAGAAGAUGAUCUGUGAGUACAACCAGGAGGUUGCGGCCAUUGCUGUGGAUAUGACACAGAACCUGGCAGAUAUCUUCACCAGGGUUCUUCAGAGUGAGGAGUAUGAGGAGAACGAAGACAAGACUGUCAUGGCCCUUGGCCUCCUUAGCACCAUCGACACCAUACUCACUGUCAUGGAGGACCACAAAGAGAUCACUCAGAAGUUGGAAGGGAUCUGUUUGCAGGUGAUCGGCCUGGUCUUGCAGAAACCCAUCAUAGGUAUGGCAGAGUUCUAUGAGGAGAUCCUCUCUCUGGCAUUUGGCCUCACCUGUCAGACCAUUUCUCCCCAGAUGUGGCAGCUACUUGGCAUCUUGUACGAGGUCUUCCAGCAUGACUGCUUUGAUUACUUCACAGAUAUGAUGCCUCUUUUGCACAACUACAUCACUGUGGAUACAGACAUGCUCUUGUCUAACCCAAAACACUUAGAGGUCAUUUACAGCAUGUGCAAAAAGGUGCUGACCAUAGAUGCAGGUGAGGAUGCAGAGUGUCAUGCUGCCAAACUGUUGGAGGUCAUCAUACUGCAGUGCAGAGGCAGAGGCAUCGACCAGUGCAUCCCUCUGUUUGUGGAGGCAGUGCUGGAGCGUUUGAUGAGAGGGGUGAAAUCCAGUGAACUGAGAACCAUGUGCCUUCAGGUGGCCAUCGCUGCUCUUUACUACAAUCCAGUGCUGCUCAUACACACUCUGGACAACAUGCACUUCCCACACAACCCGCAGCCCAUUACUGCACACUUCAUCAACCAGUGGAUGAAUGACACAGAGUUAUUUCUGGGGCUUCAUGACCGGAAGAUAUGUAUCAUCGGCCUGAGUGUGCUGAUGGAGCUGCCUAACCGACCAGCAGUGCUUGAUGGUGUUGCUGCCCAGAUCAUCCCCUCCAUCCUGCUUCUUUUCCUGGGUCUCAAGCACCUUCACACCUCUCGUCUCAUCAACAAACCAGAUGUGCCGGCCCAAACAGGGCAACAAGAUGAAGACCAGAAUGAGGAGAUUCCCAGUGAUGAAGAUGAGGUUAAUGAGAACUGGAAUGCCAUGCAGCAGCAGUCCGGCACAGUGACAGACCAUGGCAGUGAGGAAGAUGAUGAAGAUGAAUGCUUGGAUGAUGACUGCUUUGAGGGUACGCCCCUAGAAGAAUACAGCACACCGCUCGACUACGACAAUGGCGAGGACGAGUAUCAGUUCUUUACCUCCGCACUGCUUGGGGUGCAGAACCGUGAUGCAAUCUGGUACCAGAGUCUGACUGGUCCACUCAGUGAUGACCAGAAGAAACAACUGCAGGAGAUAUACAGCAUUUCACAGCAACGUAGUAGCACUGCCACAAAGGGCCAAUGAGUGUUGAUGAGACAGAUGAACUGCAGAAUCAGUGAAGGGGGCCGAAGAAAGAGAGCAGCUGGUCUGACCCAACUUGAAUUUAAUUUCAGUCUUUUCUGAAUGAUUUCAGUCCAGAUAAGAUCAUACCUUAAUGGAUCCCAACAAAACCAGGUUCCAGAUUGCAAUCAGAAUUGGAUGAGUACCAGGGGCUGGAUUGGCAUUAUAGCAGUUUGAGUCCUAGUGCACUGUAUAAAACCACAUCUACUACUGGAAUAUUUCAAUGACGUGUGUGUGUGUGUGUGUGUGUGUGUGUGUGUGUGUGUGUGUGUGUGUGUGUGUGUGUGUGUGUGUGUGUGUGUGUGUGUGUGUGUGUGUGUGUGUGUGUGUGUGUGUGUGUGUGUGUGUGAGAAAGAUUUGCAUUAUAAUUUUAAAUUUCUUUGACCAGCAUAUAUGUUCACGUAAAGUGCAGUCCUUUGAUCCAAGUAAUUUUAGUGUGCCUGUGUGGGUCCGAGAAACUGUACAAAAAUAAAACUUCAACAUGUGCAUUUGUAUGUACCUGUAUCUGAAAACUUGUAUCAUCUCAUGAGGUGAGCUCCUAUCCAGAAAAAAAAGAGCCUGAUUUCUGUUGGGGGGGGGGCUUGUGUACAGGUUGAAGACAAUUGAGAAGAAUGAGGUCCAAGACUUGUGGCCACCGACUAUGACCACAGACAAAUUAAAUGUAAAAUGGGAGGGAUGUCUAAAAAGAAGCAGUUUUUAGUUUUUCUUCGACCCUGGUUUUUGUUUUGUAACACUUUUCAGAGCUAAUUUAAGAAACAAAAGAAUAAUGUAUAGUUUCCUGUGAUAUUCUUGUUAUUCCAUCCUUCUUUUCCUACCUUAAUUAAAUAUCUCUGAUGUCUAAAUACUGUCUCACAAAGCCAGUAAUAUGGCUGUUAAAGAAGUCUUGUUUGAUAAAAAAUAAACACAAAGAACAGCUGA